UGACAAAUUUGGAAGUUCAAUUUCUCUAGAGUUUUAAUUUUAUUACUUUUACUUUGUUUAAUUCGUUAGAAACGUUUAGCCCAUUACUUGAUGACACAAAAUGCGUCCAAAAAAGAAACCAAUACGAAUGGAGCGCAAUACGAAUUUGAACAAGGUGAGCAAAAACCUUAAAUUCAAACGAAAAGCGAAAGAGAUGAUGGAACAGCACCGGAAACAGGCCCUAUUGGAGAAGUCCUAUAGAGAAAAUGAAGAAACUAAAAUUGAUAACGUUGAAGGUACAAUUUUGGAAUUCAUUAAGGAUGAGUUCAAAAAUGAAAAUGAGCAAGAAAAUACAUUUGAUGAGCUUAUGGAUACUCUGUCUACGAAUGAGAAAAAAAAUAUGCCGGCAAAUGAUUUGUAUGAUGAGGAAUCAGAUGACGACGAAUCGAUCAACGCUGCCGAAGCAGACCCUGUAGAAGAAGACACCAUUGAAGAAAAUGCAGCAGAAAUUGAAGAAUUGGAACCGGUACAGGCGGAUGAUAUAUUUGCAAUGCAUUUUGAUUUUGAUCUACCGCUUGAAUGUAUUGAUAACCUGUGGUCCACACAAGCUAAUGUUGAGAAAAAAAUAAUUACAUGGCCUAACUUGGGCAUUAUUAAAAUUCAAAUACCCCAUCUUGAAUGUCAAGAGCAGCCAGCAAAUAUUCUAGAAUGGAGCAGUAGCUGUAAACAACUGAAUACGGAAAGUUUGAAGACGAUGGGCAUUAGAGCAACAAUACUAGAUAAUUUUUCAAGAGAGGUCACACCACUACAAUUAGAAGUUUUCCAAAUUCUUAAUCAUUACAAAGAUUUCUGUUACCCCAACGUGCCAAAGGACCAAAUAGAUAGCUUGCGAUUCUGUUACAGCGCACAUGUGCUGAAUCACAUGCUAAAAACACGUAAUCGCAUAUUGAAACACAGCAUGAAAUUAGCGUCUACACCAAAUCUAGUAACCAUACCAGAUAGCUAUCGAGAUCAAGGAUUGGCACGGCCUAAAGUACUCAUCAUAAUGCCGUUCCGGAAAUGCGCUUAUCAAAUAGUGACAAAUAUGGGCCUUCUUAUGUAUGGUAAAAAUAUGGAUGGCAAAAUAAUGAAUUACGCUCGUUUCACUGAUGAAUAUACUGGAGAUAGCUUACGUUUUCCGAAAAACAAACCGAAACCGGAGGACUAUAUGGAAACUUUCAAAGGCAAUAUAGAUGAUAAUUUUAAAAUUGGUGUUUCUCUAACCAAGAAGAACUUAAAACUCUACACCGAUUUCAAUGCGUCAGACAUAAUAAUAGCAUCGCCGCUGGGCUUACGAUUAGGUAUGGCUUCCAACAAUAAUGAAGCGGGUGCUUUUGAUUUCCUCAACUCCGUGGAAAUUCUAGUAUUGGAUAAGACAGAAAUGUUCCUAGCACAGAAUUGGGAAAACCUACUUCAUGUAGUAGAUCACUUACACUUGCAGCCACAAUCUUUAAGUAAUGUAAAUUUACAACGCGUUCGUCCUUGGUGUUUGAAUGGCUUAUGCCGUUUUUAUCGGCAAACCAUCGUACUUUCAUCACACGAGCUGCCUGAAAUACGUUCACUUUUCUCUAAUAAGUGCGUUAACUACAGCGGAAGGGUGUCUAUAUCGAAUCCGGUGCUACAAGGCGACAUCAACAAUGUCUUCGUCACAAUACCACAAAUAUUUCACUUAAUUGACACCACGAGUUUAGACUCCGUCUUUGAUUCACGUUUCCGAUAUUUUGUCAAAGAAAUACUACCACGUUAUAGGAAUCCUUCGUUUGCUCAUUGUAUGAUAUAUGUGCCUAGUUACUUUGACUAUGUACGCUUGCGCAACUACAUGAAAGCCGAAUCAAUAAGUUUUGCACAAAUAUGUGAAUAUACGAAAAAGGAAAAAGUAGCGCGAGCGCGUGAUAUGUUCUUCCAUAGUGGUGUACACUUCUUGCUUUAUUCGGAGCGCUAUCAUUUUUAUCAGCGAACACGAAUAAAGGGAAUCCGACAUUUGAUAAUGUAUCAACCGCCAAUGUGGCCGCAAUUAUAUUCAGAGAUGGUUAAUAUGAUGAAUGAUAGCAAUCAGAAUUCAGCCGAUGCAUUAGACGAUUCGAUGAGUAUAACUGUGCUGUAUACUAAAUAUGAUAUAAUACAAUUGAAUGCGAUACUCGGAACAGAGUCAGCGGCCGAAUUACAGAAUUCAAAUAAAACCACACAUAGUUUCACAAUUAAGUAA